AUGUUCCUCCGUGUUUUCCUUUUCGCUCUCUUAGUCGCCGUUGUAUCUAGUCAAUUCUAUGGACCAGGCUAUGGAGGCUAUGGCCGCGGUGGUGGAUAUGGAUACGGAAGACCAUACGGAGGAUAUGGAGGAUAUGGUGGAUACGGAAGACCAUACGGUGGUUACGGUGGAUACGGAGGUGGACCAUACGGUCGCCCAGGAUUGAUCGGAAGUCUUCUCGGAUAG